AUGGGCUGCUGCGCUUCCCGCCUCGACGCCGACGGCCCGUACCCGGAUCCGACCAACACGGACUCCGCGCGAGCCACCAACAGCGCCGUCGCCGCAACCUCUGGCUCCCGUGACGCCUCCGCCGCCGAGACCACACAGACCUCCUCGGGUCGCCGCCGCGCCCGCCACUCGCACAUGCCCCUCGACAAGCACAUCAACAAACCCAUGCGCCGCCACGUCUGGGCCUCUAAGGGCCGCGCCUGGACCCGCGCCGCCCUCGACCGCGAGCGCGCCGACUUCUUCGACACCCGCGUCACCGGACGGCCCGAGGUCUGGCAGUCCCUGCGCGCCGCCCUCGAGGUCCUCUGGGAUCCCGUCGCCCAGGGCGCCGCCGCCGACGGCACCGACGGCCUCGCCACCGCCCAGGGCAUCCUCGACGCCGCCGAGAUCACCCUCCCCACGGGCGACCUCGCUCAGGGCGCCUACGACCAGUUGGGCAACUACUACCCGCUUUCCGAGUGGCUCGUCGCAGACCCCACCAACCUCGUCGAGGACGACGUCACCGUCGCCGACGAGGCCCUCUCCACCGCAGACCUCAAGGACGACCUCGCCGGCGGCGACGAGACCACCGAGGACCUCGACGAGGACGACAACCUCCGCCGCAGGGAGGAGAAGGGCAAGGCCGUCGUCGACGCCCGAGACCAGCUCUCCGUGCUGGCCCGCCUCAGUGAGACCGCCCGCGACGUCACCGUCAGCUUCCUCAAAUCGGACACUGUCAGAGUCGUUGCGCGAAAGAUCCAGGAGGAGUCAGGCCUCGCCACCGCCAAAAAGGUCCGCAUUGCCUACAUGGGCAGGAUUCUCAAGGAGAACCUCUCCCUCGUCGAACAGGGCUGGCAGGAGGGUCAUGUAGUAAAUGCCCUCGUCUUCGACCGAUAG